UGCAAACACAUCACACCUGUGCAUCUGAUACAAUACAAAUGUGGUGGUCCAACAAAAUAAAAUGUUUUUACAUACCAUUGAAACUUUGUCAUUGCAUUUGUGUUACAGAAAGUCCCAGCGAUUGAUUAUUUCCUUUAAAAUCAGUUACAAUUGCAAUCCAUAGUUCUAUAUUGUAUUAUAUUUUAAUCAGAAAAAAUUAAUUGUUAUUUUUAAUACGCCAUGUACAUCUCAUUGGGACUUCUAUGGCUAUGUUUUAAAAUAAUUCAAGGAAAAAUAACUCAAUGUCCACUGGGUGGCAUACGUGAUAGAGAUCUAUGCUUAAAGCUAAAAGAAGAUACUGUUUUUCAUAGAUUCUAUUUGAACAAUGAGUAUGAUGUAAACGAUAAAGACUAUGAGAACUUUAAGGAAAAUUUUAAGAACACAGCUGUUGACUCUGAAUUGAAUGUUUUGGAUCCUUUGGACGUAAUGAGACCAUCUAAGGCCCACAGAGAUACUUUUUGUAGACAAGGAGAAAUGAUAAGCAUGGACGAAUAUAAACAAAAAUACACGAAAAUAAUAUUUAGACAACCUUUAGUAGUGGAUUGUAAUCCAAGACUGCAAAAUAAUUUUGAAAAUAUUAAAAAGCUUUGGGAUAAAACUCUUUCAAUAGGAACUGACACAUACAGACUUAAAUUUCAUGACAAAUUAUUAAGCACAUAUCAGCAUAAACAAGAAACCCUAUCACAGGAAGAUUGUAUGGUGUUUAUUGAAUCAUAUUAUAAUGCAGCAAGUAUCUAUUUUUUUUCGAGGAUCUAUAUAACUGCACUAAAUAUAAUAGAAGAUGGUAUAAAGUUUUGUCUUUAUGUUAGUAAUCAGCAGUUCAAAGAUGAUACAAGUAAAGAUAGCAGGAAGGUUUUAAAUUCGUGGUUAUGCCUGUGUGAAUCAUUGAAACAAGACAUAUUAAUAUAUAUUAGCCCUGAGAUGAGACCUGAACAUAUUAGCGAUGUAUCAACAACAGAUUGUACAUCAAUGCAGCCAUUCUGGUACGGUGUAUCAGUAUUAUUUUAUCGGAAAUAUUUUUUAGACAAUGACCUCGAAGAAUGUAAGAAGAAAUCAUUAGAAAUAUUGGCAACUGAAAACUAUAAAUCCAUUGAAGACAAUGAUAUUAUUUAUACCAAAUAUAAUUUAAUGUAUAAUUACUUACUUCUUGCCAGUUUUGGAAAAAACCAGACGACUAAAUUAGAUAAUGUAAUUUAUGCAAUUCGGUCGCCAGUCUUAUCAAUCGAAAAUCUAUCAACAAAGGACGGUAUAAUUAAUGAAAGGAUAUUGCAUGUAAUUGUGACUUCAGCAAUAGAUAUUGCCGAACUUGACCCAAGAAAAUAUACAACACAUAUUAAGACUAUCGAAACUGCAAUUAAGGUUUUGAAAUAUUUCGUCAAAGUUUUAAAUAAGGAAAAAGAAAAAAGCGAAAAUAAUAAAACAGAAAAAGAAAAUAAAUCCGAAUCUGAAGAAAUUGAUACAGAAAAUUAUACUGAGAAAAUGGUGGAUUCAUUAUCCAAUUUAACAUAUUCGAUGCCCGAUAAAAAAGCUAUGAACGUUUUUAUAGCUUAUAAGUGGUUAGCUGAAUUAUAUGGAGUACUUUGUGAUACUUCAAAUCAUUCAAGAAAGUAUCAAGAAAUAUUAAAAGAAUAUAUAGGAUUAGCAGACGAAUUUAGCAAAAAUAUUGGUGGAAAUGAUGACCACUUAAAGUAUCUGAAAAAUAAACAGGACGCCAAAAUUCUAUUAGCCAAUAACAGUUGGGAAGUUAAUUCUUGGCCUGGUGGUUGGAAUUUUAGUAAUUUAAAAACAGAAACGUCGAAAACAUUAGACACAUACAUGAAUGAAAAAAAAUCAAAUAUGUUGAAAGACCUAAAUUCUCUGAGAAAUAAAUCAAACUGUCCAUACAUUAAUAAGAUAGAAAUAAAUAUUCUACUUUAUAGAUUAUAUGUUAUGGAUUCGGAUAAAAAUAAAUAUAAAGAAUUGUACCAAUAUUUAGCUAAAGCUAUUUAUGAAGAAGUCAUUACUAGCGAGGACCGAGCUAGAAAUAUGGAAGCUCAUGAACUAUUAAGUAUGUAUUUAAUGAUACAAAACAGACAUUUAAUUGAAGAGACAAAAACUGAAUCUAUAUACGAAUGGAUAACUCAAUACAUGUUCGGAUAACAAUAAGAAAAUUAAUCAUUAAUAAUUAUAUUUAUUUCAUCACUUUAAUAUUGUUAUCUUCUUUUGAAAUGUACACAUAUUGUAUCAACAUUUAUUUUCAGUUAUAUCUAGAUAUUGUACUAUCAGGUUGCCCCUCUCACACAUACUGUAUAUUGUACCUAAUAUUACCUAUCUAUUGUUUUUAAAACUAUUGUAAUAAAAAAAUAUGUUCACACUAUAUCUAAAUAAAUACACAGAAUAGCUAAUUCCGAUGUGACCAUAUGUGGUGUAGAAUAACGCACUACAGUUCAUAGGUACACGUCAACUCUUAACAACAUUCUACAGAACAGCACAGAUGCUUUACUAGCAAAAAUAAGUUACACCGAGGCACAUAAAAACUUACGGACGUGUCCACUCCCAUAACGUUUCAUUCCACCGAUACUCAUCAAAAGUAGAAGGAACGCAAUGAAUACAAUCUUAAUAUGAAAGGGAUUAAUGAAUCCUAGCCCAUCUCUUUGUGUCUUGGAAUUCUGAAUACACAUUGUCCAUUUAAGCCUAAACUAAAAUGUUUACUAUUUAAACAAAUACUUACUUGACAUUAAUAUUCUAUUCAUUUGGUUAUUCGGACACCGUGUUUGGUCACUGAACUAGUUAUUCUAUAUUAUAAUCUA